AUGGCGUCCCAGAAACCCCCUCCGCAAGAAUAUGAAAGUGAUGAUGACUCUUACCAAGUGUUGAAUUUAACAGAGUAUGCAAGAAGACAUCACUGGUGGAAUCGAUCAGGACCUAUGGUAGAAAAAUACUCAGUAGCUACCCAAAUUGUAAUGGGUGGCGUGACUGGCUGGUGUGCAGGAUUUUUGUUCCAGAAAGUUGGAAAACUUGCAGCAACAGCAGUAGGUGGAGACUUUCUUCUCCUACAGAUUGCCAGUCAUAGUGGCUAUGUGCAGAUCGACUGCAAGAGAGUUGAAAAAGAUGUAAACAAAGCAAAAAGACAGAUUAAGAAACGAGCAAAUAGAGCAGCACCUGAACUCAACAAUGUAAUCGAAGAAGCAACAGAAUUCAUCAAACAGAACAUCAUGAUAUCCAGUGGAUUUGUGGGAGGGUUUCUGCUCAGCCUUGCAUCUUAA